GCGGCUUUUUGAUAAAAUGGCGGCGUAGCUAGUCGGAAACUGCCGAAUGCGUGGCCGAAUGUGAUGUUCUGACGCGUUAGUGAUGCCUAGAGUUAAGCAAGCAUCGUUGGAAACGCAUCCGACUGCUGCUGGAUAGACUGAGCAACUAAAGCAACAUGCCGCUGUCGGUGGUGCCUGCCGAAGAGGUGUCUGGCCUAGUGCCCUUUCAGCCGGAGCUCGUUAACAGUGCAGCGCAGGGGCACUUGGAGAACGCUGUCAAAGGAUGCAUCAAGCAAUGUGGCAGAGAGGCGAUGCUGAGUUGUGGCUCGCUGCUGCGUGGCUACGACACUCAGACGGGCCGACCGUACAUGGAGCUCCAAGUGGGGCGGCAGGAGCGACCACUGGUGGGGCCGUUUGUGGAGCUCGUGCGGGGCCGUUCCACUUACCUAGUGGUGGCCGUGAGCGGAGGUUCGGGCGGACCCCUUCUGUGCGUGUGUCAGCCGGUCAGCGGGCGUGUAGUGCGUGCCAUUCGUCUGGCUGCACCGGUCACCCACCUGUGUCUGGUGAGCGCGCAGAAACUGGGCGUCCUGGGUGGUGGCUGUGUGGCCCUGGCCACUGAAGAUCGCUGCCUGCUGCUCGUGGACCUGUGCUUGGACAGUGCCCGCCACUACUCGGAUGAAUUGAGGCCCGCCAACCUGGUGCAGCUGGAGGGAGUCUUCGCCGACGAGCUGCCAAACAUCUCUCCCACCCAUGGGGCUCCCGUGCACUGCUUUGUGCCCCUCUGCGACUUGGAUGACCUUGCCGACUUGGAUGAAAUGGCAGUGUCAAAUGGCGACAUGGAGGUGACAUGCCUGCAGUGGCUGCCCCAGCUGUUCUGUCUUGGCAUUGGCUUGGGCUGCGGCACGGUCCAUCUCUGGGAUGUCCACAAGUCAUCUUCCAU